UUAUACGCCUGGUUGCGUUCUUCUUCCAUUUCUUCAUCAGCUCAACAUUUCUUCAACGUUCAUUCCAUUCUCUUCUGUAUCUCAAUCAUGAGGUACUCUCUUACUCUUGCGGCUCUGGCAGCUGCUACUGGAGUCUCAUUUGCUCAAUCAGCCGUUCCAGCAUAUGGACAGUGUGGUGGUCAGGGUUAUACUGGAUCUACUGUCUGUGUUUCUGGUUACCACUGCAGCAAGAACAACGACUACUAUUCUCAGUGUGUUGCUGGUGCAGGAUCGAGUGGCGUUGCAACCACCAUCAAGACUUCGGUCGUUCCAUCCUCUUCAAGCACUGUUGUGACUAAGCCACCUGUCACCACUUCCAAGGUCGUCUCUACAUCUAAGGUUGCAACCACCACUACUGCAGCUGCAGGCUCCAUCGCCACGACCUCGGGAACAAAGUUCAUCAUUGACGGCAAAGCUGGAUACUAUGCAGGCACAAACUCUUACUGGAUCGGUUUCCUCACCAACAACAACGAUAUCGAUCUUGUUAUGCAGCAUCUCGCCAGCUCAGGCCUUAAGAUCCUUCGUGUCUGGGGUUUCAACGACGUGACUACCACUCCUACUGACGGCACUGUCUACUAUCAAUCCUUUGCCAAUGGAGAACCCACCAUCAACACCGGUGCUAAUGGAUUGCAACGCCUCGAUUACGUCGUCAAAAGUGCCGAAGCUCAUGGCAUCAAGCUGAUCAUCAACUUUGUCAACAACUGGACCGACUACGGCGGUAUGGCAGCCUACUUCUCCUACGCAGGCAUCACCUCAAACGCCCAGUGGUACAACAGCACCAAAGCCCAGGCCCAAUACCAGAAAUACAUCAAAGCAGUCGUAUCACGCUACAGCAGCAGCACCGCAAUCUUCGCAUGGGAACUCGCCAACGAGCCCCGCUGUACCGGUUGCGACUUGUCCACUCUCAAGACCUGGGUCGUCAACACAUCCAAGUACAUCAAGAGUCUUGACUCCAAACACAUGGUUACAACCGGUGAAGAGGGCUUCGGCCCCAUCCCUGGCGACGACGGAAGCUACCCCUACCAACUCUCCGCCGGCGGAAGCAACUUCACCGCAAACUGCGAAGUACCCACCAUCGACUUCUGCACCUACCACUUGUAUCCAGAAUCCUGGUCCGUCACGCCCACCCAAGCUUGGGGAAACCAGUGGAUCAAGGCACAUGCUCAGGCCUGCACUGCUGUUGGAAAGCCUUGUCUGCUUGAAGAGUUCGGUGCAUCCAACAACUGUGGUAUUGAGAGUGAUUGGCAGGCUACUGCACUCAAGGCUGCGGGCACUGGAGCGGAUCUUUUCUGGCAGUAUGGGGAUACAUUGAGUUAUGGACAGACUAGUCAGGAUGGCAACACGGCUUUCUAUGGUGAUGCGUUGUAUACUUGUUUGGUUACCAAUCAUAUCAAGGCUAUUGAUAGUCUUUAGAUGUGGUGUGUCGUUGACGAGGAGGUUGAGGUUGAGAAGUCUGGAGGAAAGUCGAGGUUCUGAAAUUGAGAUAUCUUAUACUCGUUCACCGUUCAAAGACAGACUCGAAAAC